AUGUUGGCUCGAGUGGAGCGCAGAGUGAUUGAUGUCGACAUCGCGCGUGGGCGACAGACAGCACACGUCGGCGCACUUGCGAGAUCAACCGCAGCGAACAUGCGACGAUCGUUAUCAGUAAUCGCACUUAUCCUCGCGUUGUGCUUCGCGAGCGAGCGGUUCACCGGUGUGCGCGCAGUCGAGGAGUUCGACGCCGAAAGAGACUUGCUCAAAUUUGUCGAAGAUUCACGCACGGAGACGCUGGCGGUUCUGGCUUUGUUUCGGCCCGGGAGCGUUCAUCAAGCGGCGAUUGACGCGUUCACCGACGCGGAAAACACGUUUCGCUCGUACGGACACGAUGAUGUCACUUUCGGCCGAGCGUUGAAAUUGAAGUCUGAGCACGCACUCGCCAAGGUGUUCAUUCCGGCGCCACAUUACAUGGACAGCGACCACAUGACUGAGAUGACCGAGAGCUUGCAACGCAACGUGUCGAGCAUAGUGCGCUUCGCAUUCUUCACUCUCAUUCCGCCGUACGCGAAAUGGCCCGAGUUUCCCGAUAAUAGAGGUACCGUCGAUGAAGUUCAACGAGCGAAUCUGCACGCGAAAAAUGACAUGCCCAAAGUGUUUGUGUUCAUGCUUAAAGAAUUCGCGGACGAGUAUGGGGUGCGCAUUCACAAAACAUUAGAAAAGGUCGGAGAGGCCAUUUCUGGCUUUAUGGUUCUCAUUCACGUCGUGCCGCCGACGACAAAGGAUCUCAUAUAUUUGCAAACUGCCGUUUACGAGGGUGAGGAGCAGGAGUACAUGGACGUGCUCGCUGGGGGAAGGCUUGCGAUCGUCGGUUACGAUCCCGUGAGCAAGAAGCGCGACGCCGAGGCGAGGCUGAUCGAUAGUUUCAACGAAAACACCCUGAUUCAAUUCUGCAACAAGUAUUUGGCGAUGUUACCCGAGGAAGCACAACGAGGACGCAUGCCGUUUCCCAUCAAACGUGCGGACAAGCGAUCAAAAAAUACCAUCGGACUCGGUAAAUACGCGACGAAGGAAGCCAAGGCGGAACUGUAA